ACGACAGAUGCACUGCCUUGCCAGAGUGCUUCCUGGCCCUAGGUGCCCAGAGCGCUCAGGUCUUGCAGUGUGUCCAGAGGAGCCAGUGGUCAGGAAGGGGGAGCCAUGGGACUGCUGACCGGGGAUGCGCUGCUCUCUGUGGCCGUGGCCGUAGCCGUCUUUCUGCUCCUACUUGACCUGCUGCACCGGCGCCAACGCUGGGCUGCUCGCUACCCACCAGGCCCUGCACCAGUGCCCGUGCUGGGCAACCUGCUGCAACUGGACUUCCAGGACCUGCCAUACUCCUUCUAUAAGUUGCGGCACCGCUUCGGGGACGUGUUCAGCCUGCAGCUAGGCUGGACUCCGGUGGUUGUGCUCAACGGACCAUCGGCUGUGCGUGAGGCGCUAGUAGACCACAGUGAGGACACCUCGGACCGGCCAUCAGUGCCCAUCUAUGAGCACCUGGGCUUUAAGCCACAUGUUCAAGGGGUGGUCAUGGCACGCUACGGACCCGCCUGGCGUGAGCAGCGGCGCUUCUCCAUGUCCACCUUGCGCAACUUCGGCCUGGGCAAGAAGUCCUUGGAGCAGUGGGUGACCGAGGAGGCCGCCUGCCUCUGUGCCACCUUUGCCACACAGGACGGGCUCCCCUUUUACCCCAAAGCCCUCCUGAACAAAGCGGUGUGCAAUGUGAUCUCCUCCCUCGUCUUUGGGCACCGCUUCGAGUACGAUGACCCGAGCUUGGGCAGGAUGUUGGGCCUGCUGGAGGAACUUCUGAAAGAGGAGUCUGGCUGGAUGCCUCAGGUGCUGAACACGUUCCCCUUGCUGCUGCACGUCCUGGGGUUAUCGGAACGGGUUUUCUCUGGGCACAUAGCAUUGAGUGUCCUCCUGGAUGAACUGGUGGCCGAGCACAGGAGAACCUGGGACCCGGCACAGCCUCCCCGAGACCUGACUGAUGCCUUCCUGGCUGAGAUCGAGAAGGCCAAGGGGAACCCUGCAAGCAGCUUCAACCAAGAGAACCUGAACGCCGUGACAUCUGACUUAUUUGCUGCAGGGACAGCAACAACAUCCAGCACGCUGGCCUGGGCCCUGCUGCUCAUGAUCCUGCACCCAGAUGUGCAGCGCCGCGUCCAGCAGGAGAUCGAUGAGGUGAUAGGGCAGGGGCGGCGCCCAGAGAUGGCAGACCAGGCCUGCAUGCCCUUCACCAACGCCGUGAUUCACGAGGUGCAGCGCUUUCGACACAUCGGCCCCUUGGGUACACCCCACAUGGUGUCCCGGGACACUGAGGUGCAAGGGUUCCUCAUCCCCAAGGGCACCACGCUCAUCACCAACUUGUCGUCCAUAAUGAAGGAUGAGACUGUCUGGGACAAACCCCUCAAAUUCUACCCUGGACACUUCUUAGACACCAAGGGUUGCUUUGUGAAGCCGGACGCCUUCAUGCCAUUUUCAGCAGGACCCCGCACCUGUCUCGGGGAGCCCCUGGCCCGCAUGGAGCUCUUCCUCUUCUUCACUUCCCUGCUGCAGCACUUCAGCUUUUCAGUACCUGAGGGGCAGCCCCAGCCCAGUGACCAUGGGACCUGUGGUAUACUGUUUAUCCCACAGCCCUACCAACUCUGUGCUGUAUCCCGAUAAGGGACAGUCCACACAACCAAGACUGCCCAAUGGUAUUUUUCUCUUACAUACAGCGUUUGGAUGUUGUUGUUGUUCUUGGCAGUCUUAG